UCUAUCAUGCUUUGAUUACAUUUGUUUUGAGUCGAGGGUCUAUUGGAAACAACCUCUCACCCAUAAAGGUAGGGGUAAGGUCUGCGUACAUCCUACCUUCCCCAGAUCCCAGUUGUGAGAUUACCCUGGCUGUGUUGUUGUUGUUGUUUUAACCAUUUUAGGGAGUACUAGUGUACUACUAUUACUACUAUUUGCAGAAGGUUGCACUUUCUGUUAAUCGGUGUGAUAUUAAGUCUUUGUUAUAGGAAGAACGAAAUUAGCUAAUUACGGAGAGUCAUGUAAGCAAAGGAUUUAUAUAAAUGACACAAACUAUUUUGGAUUAAACUAUCCCAUCUAUGGGUAAGUAGGGAUUUCUAGAACCCUUGAUAUUCCAUGAAGGACAUAGUAUUGGAAUGAAAUAGACCAAAAUCGAGUGAAUGGUAUGCAAUAUUUAUAUAGCCAACCUGAUUAUUGUACAUGGUGUUGAUGUAAUUUUGGAUACGGUAUGAGGUCUCCACAAUUUGUAAUCAUGUCUUAUCACACUGGCUUAGUGCAAGCAUUUACGAAAUCUUUGAUGACUGAUCAAAAAUGAAAGAUUUAUAUAGCAUUCCAUUGUUUGAGAUUGUGCUGUAGUUAAUUGAUUUGAUUAAAUUUCAUAGAAAGGUGCAUUGUGCUUGUAAUCUAGGGCAAUUGCGAUAUAGACAUUAUUCUCCUUUUGCCCCUUAUGUAGUAUUUAUACCGAAGUAGUACAGUCAGAGGGUUUGCUUGGAAGUUGAAGAUGUUGGAGUGGCAACAUUAGGAAAUAAGGCUUGAAUCCCAACUUGGUGAAUCUUCUCAUCUGCCUAAGACUAAGUGGAUUGAGUUACUCGUUAUGUGUGUUGGUGGAAGGUAGCAGGAACCUUGUAAAUUAUUAAAUUAUAGUCAAGGUGUGUGUAAGUUGGCCAGAUACCAUCGAUAUCAAGUAUGCAGUUUAUGAUAGAUAGAACUUCUAAUGUUCGAGGUGGCUUUAGCUUAAAAUGGAGUGUUCAAGAGGAAUUAGAAGUGGUGGGCAUUCUAAAUUUCAUAGAGCUCUUUAUUAGAAGUGGUGGACUCCUUUUCAUAUUGUUUUUUUUUUUAUAUAUCCGCUACUUAGCCCGAGGGUCCAUUAGAAACAACCUCUCUACCUUCGCAAGGUAGGGGUAAGGCUGCAGAUACAAUACACACUUGUGGGACUACAUUACGUAUGUUGUUGUUAUUGUAUGUUUCCAGAAGUACAAGUGCCAGUUUUAUAUCAGUCGUCAGCUAUGGCUGAUUUGCACAUGACCAAAAAACACGAGGAACCUUUACUUUGACAGCAACCUUACAAUACUGCAAUUUGAAUCUCUAAUACUUUCAGUUAUAUGGGAAAGAGGGUGAAAUGUUGUAAGCUGCACAAUACUGAAGUUCAAGAUUCUUCAAUCAAUCACAGCUCAUGUAUAGACUUCUAGUCAUUAAUGUAUGAAUUAAUAGUCUUCCGAUAGUUAAUGAAAUUUAACAGCCCCAUCUACUGAGUUUUUUUGACUUGUUUUCAGAGAAGGUGGCCACUCUCUCUCUACUCACCAAAAAAACACAUGCGAUGUGUGUUGGUGAUUGUUUGUCUUUUCGCAUACUUUAUUGAGCAAUAGUUUGUAACUUAACAUGGUAUGAUCAGGUUUUGAGCUUAAUACUUGGCGGCAAGAAGCAAGGGAGUGGGAGCAUAGCACGGGAUGGACACUUUAUUCUUUGCUGAAUUUUUUAAGUUUCUGAUGCUUUGCUUUCGUGCAGAUAUUUGAAAAUCGUCACUUUCCUUUUAGGACUGAAUUAGAACUUGAAGAAGUUACUACACUGACUGGAGGGAAAUUGUAGUUCGUGGUUCCUUUCAAGUCCACUUUGAAUUUUUUUCUGCCAUUCCUCAUCUCCUGUUGCUUCGUAGCAUAACUAACUAGUUAUGGUGUUCUAGCUUCCCAUUUUAUGUGGUGAAGAAGAUGGCACACAAUUCUGAGGACGAAAAAAAAGAGGAUUACCUUUUCAAGAUUGUAUUGAUUGGUGAUUCUGCAGUUGGUAAAUCGAAUUUGCUUGCUAGAUUUGCUAGAGAUGAAUUCUAUCCAAACUCAAAGUCGACAAUUGGAGUAGAAUUUCAGACUCAAAAGAUAAACAUAAAUGGAAAGGAGGUUAAAGCGCAGAUAUGGGAUACGGCUGGUCAGGAACGAUUUAGAGCAGUUACUUCUGCAUAUUACAGAGGUGCAGUUGGAGCUCUUCUGGUUUAUGAUAUUAGUAGGCGCCUGACUUUCGAUAACAUUGGUCGAUGGCUUAAUGAACUUCAGACUCAUUCGGACAUGAAUGUGGUUAUAAUACUCGUUGGCAACAAGUCCGAUCUCAAAGAUGCCAGGGAAGUUACAACAGCUGAAGGCAAAGCCUUGGCUGAGGCGAAAGGUCUAUUUUUCAUUGAAACUUCAGCUUUGGAUUCGUCGAAUGUAACAGCUUCUUUCCAGACAGUUGUAAGGGAGAUCUAUAAUAUUCUGAGCAGGAAAGUUAUUCAAUCUCAAGAGCUCCAGAAAAAGGACUCGGGGCGGCUAGCAAAUGGUAAACCUGUGGUUUUGCAGGCUGAUGAUGGAAAUCAAGAAACAGUUGCAGAAACAAAGAAAGGUGGAUGUUGUUCAUCAUAAGUAAAACAAUCUAUAUGGGAGCAAUUUCCCCUCAAUGUGGGACUUCCUGGCGUGAAUUUAGAUUUACUCGGCCCCAAUGCAGGUGCUGAACACCGAGUGGGAGACCCAAAAAAAGAAAAGUAAACAAUCCUCUUUUGAGUCCCAAGACAUGUCAAUAUCACUUCUCCCAUGAUGUAAUUCAGUUUCUUGUUGAUUGAAGAAGUACUACUUUUUUUUGGAUCUAUAGGAUAAACUUCUUUAGAAAAUGUAAAUGAUCUCAAGGGGGGAAGAGCAUUUUUUGACUGUGUGUGGAGUUUUUAGUUUUGUAUAAUUCAAUUUGUU